CUGGCAGUGGAAACAAACAGGACGCGUCUCAUCUUCCUCCACAAAUAAAUGUCCGGAUGGCCACCGUGAAGAAAGACAACAGACUGACGCGAUCCCAGAGCUUCUUGUGCGUGGGUUUCGCGGGCGUGGCGAGCAAGAGCGUGACUUCCCCUCUGGAGGUGGUGAAGAUUAAAAGUCAGGUGGGAACUUUUCACUGCAAAAAGGGCUUCUGGCAAACUUUCGCCCUCGUCUACCGCCAUGAGGGACUCAAAGGCUUCUGGAAGGGAAACCUGGCUUCUUGCCUGCGGUUGUUCCCUUACACCGCCGUGCACCUGGCAACUUAUAAGAAGAUAGUGCACAUUCACAUGGACGAACUGGGCUUCAUCUCCCAGGCGAGGGCCAUGGUGGCGGGGGGUGUCGCCGGCGUGGCGGCCGCCUUACUCACGUACCCCCUGGAGGUGGCCGAGACCAGGCUGAUGGUGCAGAACGGCCGCCAGCCCACAUACGUGGGGGUUCUGCACACCAUGUCCAAGGUCCAGCGCGCUGAAGGGCUGCCGGCUCUCUACAGGGGCUUCUCCCUCACCGUCCUGGGCGCCUUCCCCUUCUCCCUGGGCUGCUACGUCAUCUACAUGAACGUGGACAAGCUGUGGCAGGAGCAUCCUUCUCGCUUCUCACCUCUCCAGAACUUUCUGAACGGCUGUCUGGCAGCAGGCGUGGCCCAAACGCUCUCCUACCCUUUUGAGACCGUGAAACGCAAGAUGCAAGCGCAGAGUUCCUGUCUCCCCCAUUUUGGUGGCGUUGAUGUGCAUUUUAAUGGUGUCACCGACUGUUUUGUUCAAGUGGUGAAAAAUAAGGGGAUCUUCUCACUCUGGAGUGGCCUUACUGCGAGCACCAUAAAGAUCCUUCCCUACUUCGGCCUCCUCUUCGCCUGCUUCGAGCUCUGCAAGCAGGCCUGCCUCUACCGCAACGGCUACAUCGUGUCGCCCCUCAGCUACCAGCUGGCGCCGGGCGUGGACCAGAGCCUGGGCCCGGCCGAGCUGCGGGAGGCCAAGCGCUACCUGAGGAACUACGGGGCGGGGGCGGGGCAGACCGACGACUUUUGGGAACGGCUGGUGAAAAACUCUCAUAAAUGAAGGUUUGUGGAAGACACUUCAUUAGGUACACCACCCAACGAGGGCCUAUUAGGAGCCGGACACUUCAUUAGGUACACCACCCAACGAGGGCCUAUUAGGAGCCGGACACUUCAUUAGGUACACCACCCAACGAGGGCCUAUUAGAAGCCGGACACUUCAUUAGGUACACCACCCAACGAGGGCCUAUUAGAAGCCGGACACUUCAUUAGGUACACUACCCAAUUAAGUCCUAUUAGGAGCCGGACACUUCAUUAGGUACACCAACCAAUGAGGUCCUAUUAGGAGCCGGACACUUCAUUAGGUACACCACCCAAUGAGGUCCUAUGGGGAGCCGGACACUUCAUUAGGUACACCACCCAACGAGGUCCUAUUAGGAGCUGGACACUUCAUUAGGUACACCACCCUAUGAGGUCCUAUUGGGAGCCGGACACUUCAUUAGGUACACCACCCAACGAGGUCCUAUUAGGAGCUGGACACUUCAUUAGGUACACCACCCA